UCCAUAAUCAGAAGCAGGAGACCGCGAAAUGAGCCAAGACGCCAAGAGAAGCGUUCCCGAGACUGUGCGGACGAAGCCGAAUUUUGACGAGCGAAAACCCUCGCCGGCUGUCACCACACUGGAUUUGAUUCGGAAAUAGGGUUUGGCUUAAUCUGGAGAUGGCUGUCAAUGUUAUAGAGUCGUGGUUGAUUGGUUUUGGCGGUUAACUCAUUCCUUGGCAAAUUUGUGUCUUCGCUUACGAUGGCGGAGGCUCUUAAUUACAAUCAGGUACAGGUAUUUGUGAGAGAUUUUGUUCCUACUGGUUUGGCCUGCCUUCCAGAUGGCUUAGAUGGGACGCCAGUUGUAUCUAUGAAUUAUGACUCGAAUUGGUUAGCAGGUGUCCCCAGAUGUUGCGUUACUAAAAAGAAAUAUGCACGAGUGAGUGAUGGUAUAUGUCAGAAAUUGCUGGAGCUGAAACCAAGAAUGCCUCGUGGAAUUUUUUGUAUAAAUUUUAUGAUGCACAAGUUGUUCUUUAUCAUUCAGGAGUACAACAAGAUGUUGAAGCCAAGCCAUGUGUCCCAAUAGUUUAUUAAUAGAUAAAAUGUUGUUUUUCUUUACUGACUAUAAAGCUCAAUUUUGCA